AUGUCUGACUUCCUGUCUAACCUCGAGCAAGGGCUUGCACAAGGCUCGACAAAAAUCAUUAAAGCGCCGGAGCAUCUGAAUAGCACUGGGUGCUGCAUCAAGUACUCUGAUGGCAAGGGUCGAGGCGUUUUCGCAUCACGUACAAUUCCAGCGCGGACGAUCGUAGAGAUCAGCCCAGUCCUGCUUUUUUCUUCAGAGGAAUAUGAAGCCCAUGGAAAGCACACAGCGUUAGAUCAUUAUACGUUCAGACAAAGAGACGGCCGCAUGGCAUUAGCUCUCGGUCUUGGGUCUCUAUUCAAUCAUUCUAGCUCGCCAAAUGUCACAUAUACCAUGGAUACGACGACGGAGUCCAUUCGGUUUACUACGACUAGGACUGUCGAGACAGACGAAGAGCUAUGCAUAUUCUAUGGGCACAAUCUCUGGUUCAAUCCGUCCGAUGCCGUCGAUCGUGUGUCCGAUAAUCAAUCGGAACCAGACGACGGAUGGGGAGGCUUGACCUGUAUUGAAGACGAGACUGGUGCUUCAAACGUUGUAGAAGAUUCAUUCUACAGCGGAAACCCCAACGAGAUCGUGACCGAGGAGCACCUUCCCUUUACAAGAAUAAAACUGACACCAGAUGAAGAAGAGGAAGAAGACAUAGGUUCUAUUCUCCUAGCCUGGGUGGUCGAUGUUCCAAACCCUCGCCAUACCACCACAAUGCUGAAAUGGCUCAGGCAGUCAGGCCAUGACACGCCUGCCCUUGCGCAUCUCAAACGCGUUCGCAAGCUUCCCACGCACUCGACCCUCCUUGUGUCCACUGCCUCUUCUCCGCCGUCACUUCCUCGCGACCCUGAUCUUGGCCUUUCCAAACUCUAUCAGCUGCCCGUCCCUCGCACCGCUGCACUGACACCGAACUCCUUGCAGCUCAAAAACACCCUCUGGCCGACAGUGUUUGCACCGAGACGCAAAUACGAACCGGAGCAGUGGUCGCGCGCACGGGCGCGUUGGGCGCUACAAGCGAUGCGCUUUGUAGUCCAGGAGGCCCGAAAAGCUCAAGAAUCAGGCGAGCUCCCCAUCGUUUCUUACGUGCCUGCACCCUUCGAUAACGCAAACGCGGCGGAUGCAACUCCUUCCUUUACCGCCCACGACACGCGAACAUCCGCCUCUCAUCCCCUUCGACAUUCUGUCCUCAACGUCAUUCGACAAGUUGCGGACUACCGAAGCACCAGCACGCCUCAUGAGCGCCCUCCCUCCUCUGUCUCUGACGCGCCGCCCCUUCCUCCCGUUGCAGCAUUGGACUCGGAAGUCCAGAACGGACAACGCUACCUCCUCACCUCGCACUCACUUUUCACUACGCACGAGCCCUGCAUCAUGUGCUCCAUGGCGUUGCUGCACUCCCGCGUGAAAGAGGUUUUCUAUCUAAUUCCGAUGCAGAAGACGGGGGGGUGCGGUGGGGCGGCAUGUUUGCCAAGGCUGGAAGCCGUAAACCAUCGGUUCAUGAUCGGGAAGUGGAGACUUGGGAAAGACGGUGGAGUCGAUGCACAGGGCGUGGCGGUUGGGGAGGAGGUGGAUGCUUGA